GUCAUGUCGGAGGAGCUCUUGUGAACGAGCUGCUGAGCCUUUCAGCCCCUCAGGAGACGAAGAAAACAAGAACCCAGAACACCUGCAGAGGCCUCAGAAGCAGAUAUCCUGCAGGAGAUGGCCUCGGUGUGGACCACCACGGUUCUCCUGGUGCCGUGUGUCAUCGUGCUCACAGCCGGAUUGUUCUACCUCUACAACUUCAUUAAGGGUCUGCUGUCCAAAACGUCCGUACGCAAUAAAGUGGUGGUUGUAACCGACGCGUUAUCCGGGCUCGGAAAAGAAUGUGCAGGUGUGUUUCACAGAGGAGGAGCGAGGCUGAUCCUCUGUGGGAAGAGUUGGGAGAAGCUUGAGGAACUCGCCGAUGAACUGGCGAACGCCUCGGACCCAACUGUGACGUUUCCCUCGAAGCUGGUGCUGCUGGAGUUCGGGGAUCUGGACAGCAUGCCGGAGGUGAUCUGUGAGAUCCUGGAGUGUUACGGCUGCCUGGACAUCCUCAUCUUCAACAGCAGCAUGAAGGUCAAAGCUCCUGCGCAGAGCGUGUCUCUGGAGAUGGACAAGUUACUGAUGGACAACAACUACUUUGGACCGGCCACGCUGGCCAAAGGCUUGCUGCCCUCCAUGAUCUCCAGGAGAACCGGUCACCUGCUCCUGGUCAACAGCAUCCAGGGGAAGCUCGCCGUGCCUUUUCGCACCGCGUACGCGGCCUCUAAACAUGCGGUCCAGGCCUUCUUCGACUGCCUGAGAGCCGAGGUGGAGGAGUACGGCAUCUCCGUCAGCACCAUCAACCACACCUUCAUCAGUCGCUCGGCCAACCACACAGAGGCCUCCAGGUCCUUCUGGUCGCUGUUGUACACAAAGAAGCCUCUCGGCGUUUCUCCGGACGAGGCCGCCACCGAGAUCGUGAAGACUUUAAGCAACAAGAGGAACGAGGUGGUCAUCGCUCCCUCGCUGCCGAAGGUGGCGCUCUACGCCAGAUCCCUCUUCCCCGACGUGCUCUUCGCCGUGAUGGCUGCGGGGGUGAAGGACGCCGAGAGCAUGUAGCGCUGCUGGUUCCCAGGACUGUUGCACCCUCUCAUCUAAUUCAUAAUCAAUAUUACGCUCGUCUGUCCUGUUGUGAUGCAAACUCCCCACAUGUUACGUUUAGACCACAAGGUCUUUAAACAUUAAGGUCAUUA